AUGCAUAAACUAAAUUAUUAUUUCAGGCACGGGAUUAGUGACAGACAGUGUGCCAGAGAUUUAUCGAACGUAAAUCUAAAAAAGACAUCUUUGAUUGAAAUGUGUUUUUCUGAAUAUUACAACCUAACUGAGUGCACCGGGAGGAACUUGACGUUUCGUAGUGCUGAUGGUUCUUGUAACAACUUAAAACGCACCUACUUGGGAAAGGCAACCACAGCUUAUAAACGUUUGAUGUUUCCAGCUUACACAGAUGGUAUUAAAGAUAUUUCGGAAGAACUGCCCAAUCCUAGAAAAAUUAGCAUGGGUCUUGUCGGCCACGAGCAGUCGCCUGACGACAUAAAAUCAAUGGCAAUGGCGUAUUGGGGGAUUUUCAUUGGCCACGAUCUAUCACGCACGGCAGUUUCUAGCAUGGGGACUAAUAACACAUUCGUGAGAUGUUGCAAUAAUAACGGAUCGCUGCAUAUUAAAGUGAACGAAUACGUUAAGUCGUGCAAUCCCAUAAUUAUCCCGGAUGAUGACGAAUUUUAUGGACCAAAAUUGCAAUCGUGCAUGAACUACGUGCGUUCAGUGCCGGCGAUGCGUCCGGAUUGCACAUUUGGACCCAUGGAACAAAUGAACCAAGCUACUCAUUAUUUAGACGGGUCGAUGAUAUACGGUUCGUCGGUGGAACAGACGAUGGCAUUGAGGACCAUGAAGGGCGGUUCAUUGAACAUGGAGAAGUUUGUAUUCGUGUUAUCUAUCCCGUCCGGAGAAGAGAACAAGUACUCAAACUUCAAGAACCGAACCGUAAUAGAUCCGCCAUCGCAAACCUUGUCUUACAUGCCGGUGGGAUCGGAGGCGUGUCAGUAUGGCAACGGCACGUGCUACAAGGCCGGCGACACCCGGGCAAACUCACUUCCCCAACUGACGGUCUUGUACACGUUGUGGGCAAGGCAACACAACGAGUUCGCGAGAGAAUUAGAACGGCACAACGGGCACUGGAACGACGAACGGAUUUUCCAAGAGUCCAGGAAAUUGGUGGUGGCGUGCAUACAGCACAUCACAUACAACGAGUGGCUGCCAGCGCUGCUCGGCGAAAACUACACUAGGCAAAACGGACUGGAAAUGGUGAACGAUUGGUUCUACGAUACGUACGACGAGACCAUCGACCCGACCGUGAGCAACAGCUUCGCGACCGCGAUACUGCCGUUUGCCAAUUCCAUGUUAAGCGACAACAUCAGUUUAUACACGGAAAAUCGACAGAUCAACAGAAGUUUUUCGCUAAAAGAACAUUACAACCGGCCGAUGUAUAUAGUGAGGAACUACACGGAUGAACUUAUCAGAGGACUAACUACGCAGAAUGCACAAAAAGUCGAUAUGCUGUUUACCCCAACGAUAACAAAUUACUUAUACAGUACACAUCCAGAUGAUUUGUUUGGAAUGGACUUUAUUAGCUUGGCUAUACAACGAAGCCGUGAUCACGGUAUUCCUAACUAUAACAAAUUUAGAAAAUAUUGUGGACUAAAAGAAAUAGAAAAUAUACAAGAUUUGUCCCAGAUCAUGGUGGAAGGAUCAGUUGAUAAAUUAAUUAAGCAAUACAAAACUUGGAACCAUAUAGAUUUAUUGAUUGGUGCAUUGCUAGAAAAGCACGCAGAAGGCUCGAUGGUUGGCCCAACAAUGAGAUGUAUGAUUAGAGAUCAGUUUGUAAGAACUAGGGCUGCAGAUAGAUAUUUUUAUAACUUACCAAAUGUAUUCCCAGAAAAUCAACUGGAGCAAAUUAAAAGUUAUAAGCUUGCCACGUUAUUUUGUCACCAAGGCAAUAAUAUAACAAGGAUGCAGAAUCAAGCAUUUUUGAUACCUUCUUCAACUAAUGAGUUGAACAAUUGUAAUUCAAUUAAAGACUUAGAUAUGGGUCAAUGGUUAGAGAUGGCUGUUACAACGGAACAACGACCUUAA